AAUACUAAUGGAGUCAGCUAAAAUAAAACAUGUCAGAUAGAAAAAGUGAGGAAAGGAAAAAUAGAGCGGUAUCUCUCUCUUCUCAUCUUCUUUCUCCACGCCAGUUUUCUCUCCUCACAGUAAAGCUCCACCUCCACCUCUACCUCUGUUCUCACUGUCCGGCCACCGCCUCGUCGCUGUCAGCCCACACCAUCAGUCUCCACCCUAAAUCCCAUUCAAUUUAUCCACCCUCAUAAAUUCUUAUUGAAGUACGAGCUUCUCACCCCCUAUCUCUCCCUUUUGCUGAGUAAAGUGGCGAGGUGUCUCACUUGUUGGGCAGCUGCGUGUGUCAAGUUGCUAUCUCUUUUACUGGGUUAUAAUUCUAAAUUCACUUGAGGGAUAGAAACCAGAAAGCAUUCCAUAUGUGAUACCUGCAGAAUGCCGAAUGCCAUUUUCUGCAAUUACAUCAGGCAGUUGCAGAGAUAUGCACCUAGCUUCUCCUCGAUCUUCGUUGUUGUCGAAACUCCAAAUGCUUCUUGUUCAUACUCUUCAGCACCCAUUAAUCGUAAUCAAGAAGAUGAACGAGAGUAUGGAUACAGACAAUAUGACCGUGAGCCAAAGGAGAAAGCAGAACCUUCUAUUGGCUCUCCAGCUCGAAUCCAAAAGUUGAUAGCUUCUCAAACAGAUCCACUUCUGGCAAAGGAAAUCUUUGACUUGGCUUCACGUCAGCCCAACUUCCGCCAUUCCUAUGCUACCUAUCACACCCUUAUUCUCAAACUGGGCUGCUCUCGCCAUUUCUCUCUCAUGAAUGCAGUUAUCUCAAGCCUCAAGUCUCUUGAUUAUUCCAUUUCCCCUUCUCUCUUUACCCACAUCAUCCAAAUAUAUGGUGAUGAAAACCAACCGGAGAAAGCUCUCAAAACAUUCUAUACAAUUCUUGAAUUCAUUAUUAAGCCCCGUCAGAAACACCUCAACUGCAUCCUCGAAAUCCUUGUUGCUAACAGUAACUUCCUCCGCGCUGCGUUUGACCUGUUCCGGGCUGCCCACAGAUAUGGAGUCCCCCCUAACACAAAUUCCUACAACAUCAUGAUGCGAGCCUUUUGCUUGAAUGGCGACUUGAGCAUUGCAUAUACUUUGUUCAAUCACAUGUUUAAGCGUGAUGUUCUUCCUGAUGUGGAGUCAUAUCGGAUUCUAAUGCAAGCACUGUGCAGAAAGAGUCAGAUGAAUAAAGCUGUUGAUUUACUGGAGGACAUGCUAAACAAAGGAUUUGUGCCCGACAGUUUAAGCUACACUACUCUUUUGAAUAGCUUGUGCAGGAAAAAAAAACUGAAGGAGGCGUACAAGCUUCUUUGUCGGAUGAAAAUAAAGGGAUGCAAUCCUGAUAUUGUCCAUUAUAAUACAGUUAUCUCAGGUUAUUGCUAGGUAGGGUGUGCUGCUGAUGCCUGUAAGGUUCUUGAUGACAUGUCUUCAAAUGGGUGCUUACCAAAUUUGUUAUCAUAUCAAAAUAUAGUGAGGGGCUUGUGCAAUCAGGGCAUGUACGAAGAGGCCAAAAGGUAUAUUAA